AUGGCCGACGUGCAGUACGGACGCGAUCAGCAGCAGCCGCCGUCACACGCGGCGGUGAAGGCUGUGGCGGCGGCCACGGCGGGCGGCUCGAUGCUGGUGCUGUCGGGGCUGACGCUGGCGGCUACAGUGAUCGGGCUGGCGGUGGCCACGCCGCUGCUGGUCAUCUUCAGUCCGGUUCUGGUGCCGGCGGCUAUCGCGGCGGCGCUGGUGGCGGCCGGGUUCCUGACCUCCGGCGGGCUCGGGAUGGCGGCGCUUUCGGUGCUGUCGUGGAUGUACAAGUAUCUGACCGGGAAGCAGCCUCCGGGGGCGGACCAGCUGGAGGAGGCGCGUCGGCGGGUCACGGCCAGGGUGAGGGAGUUCAAGGACCAAACCACCGCCCACUAG